AUGUAUACAUGUGUAUCGAAAAAAGGGUACUGGACAAUAAUAUCCGUGUAUCCACCACAAGCCGGCUGCUCCGAACCUGAAAAAGAUGAGCUUUAUCUGAGCCUGGACGAUAUCAUCAGAUCGGUUCGGAGAGGGGUUGCUAGAGAAACGCUGGGAGAGAUCCGAGGUGGAUUACCACAAGACAAGGAAGCACGUUUUGGAACUAUGAAGUACAGCAAGUCGUGA